CGGUCAUACUGUUUCUUAAACAUUUACCAGCCAGACCCGAAACACCUAAGAUAUGGGAAAACUUACGCUCUACGGAAUCGAUGGAAGUCCUCCAGUCCGCUCGGUGCGCCUCACCUUGGCCGCCCUGGGUUUGGAAUACGAGUACAAGAUCGUCAACCUGCCGGAGAAGGAGCACUUAAAGCCGGAAUUCCUUAAAAUUAAUCCACUGCAUACGGUGCCCGCCAUAGAUGACGAUGGUUUCUACCUGGCCGAUAGCCAUGCCAUCAACUCCUACCUGGUGAGCAAGUAUGGCAAGGAUGAUUCUCUGUACCCCAAGGAUCUGAAGAAGCGAGCCAUUGUCGAUCAGCGUCUGCACUACGACUCCGGUGUGGUCACGUCCACCGGAACAGCUAUUACUUUCCCGCUCUUCUGGCAGAACCAGUCGGAGAUUCCACAGGCCAAAAUCGAUGCCCUGGAAGGUGUGUACAAGACCCUGAAUCUGUUCCUGGAAAGUGGCGACUACCUGGCUGGAGACAACCUGACCAUUGCCGAUUUCCACAUCACUGCCGCCAUAACCGGCUUUGUGGUGUUCCUGCCAGUGGAUGCCACCAAGUAUCCCAAACUUGCUGCCUGGAUCGAGCGCAUCAAGGAGCUGCCCUACUACGAGAAGGCCAACGGCAUCCCGGCUACCCAAAUCAUCGAGUUCAUCAAGAGCAAAAACUUUACUAUUGUCUAAGAAAUCUUCUAACAUACUCAAAAUAAAUUAUUAAAAAUAAACACAAA